AUGGCCGAAAUCGAGAAGAUCUACGUCACCUACAACGACGUCCACAAGCUCUGCCAGGAGUCGGCUGCCGAGAUCCUCGCCAACUUCAAGCCCCAUCUCAUGAUCGCCAUUGGCGGCGGCGGCUAUGUCCCCGCCCGCAUUCUGCGCUCCUUCCUCCGCCAGCCCGGCAGCCCCAACAUCCCCAUCCAGGCCAUCGGCCUCUCCCUCUACGAGUCGCUGCCCGAGACCAUGGCCGGCAACGAGACGCCCGGCGUGCCCGAGGUGCCCGGCACCCGCGUCACGCGCACGCAGUGGCUCGACCUGACGGCCCUCGGCGAGAUGGAGAACCUCGUCGGCAAGCGCGUGCUCAUCGUCGACGAGGUCGACGACACGCGCACCACGCUCGAGUACGCCGUCAAGGAGCUCGAGAAGGACGUCGAGGCCGCCCGCCAGCGCCUCGGCACCGACGAGAAGACCCAGUUCAGCAUCUUCGUGCUCCACAACAAGGACAAGCAGAAGAAGGGCACCCUGCCCGCCGAGAUGCUCGACAACGGCCGCUACCUCGCCGCCCGCACCGUCGGCGACGCCUGGAUCAACUACCCCUGGGAGGCCGAGGACAUUGACGAGCACGACCGCCAGGCCGCCAGCGCCCUCAGCAAGCAGGCGAAAUAA